UACAAGACCCAGCUGCUAUUGCAUUGGUGUCUGAGACACCCUGUUAGACCGGAACUCACCGCUUUUUUCAAUGGUAAACAGCCGGAGUGAGCUAUCUUCGUUUAUGCACCAUCUUUGAUUUUUAUAUCAGUGGAGGCGAACUGAAGAAGGCUCUGGGAUGCUAACUGAAAACACCAAUUGACGUCGCUUCCUCGUUUCUGGCGGAAUCGCUACACGGAAAAUAAAUGACUAAAUGCAUCCAGGACCACAUUGAAAGAUACCUGUGAAAGCUCUCGCUCCCCUACCCCAAUGUCGAGGUCGCAGUGACGGGGCUGGGCAGAGGCAGAGCCCGGUGCCCCGGCCCCUUUGCCCAGCUGAGGAGCAGCCCCUGACAGGGAGCGCACCAUCUCCCUGUGCCUUGUGUCCUCUGGGGGGCAUUUUGAGCCAUGGAGCACCCACGGGAAAAAGAGGGUGAGCGACCGGCGCGCAGCAGCAAGGCGGGUCAGGGGCGCAGCGGGCACUCGCGCCCCUCGGGAUCAGGCUCCUCCGGAGUGCUCAUGGUUGGGCCCAACUUCCGUGUGGGCAAGAAGAUUGGCUGUGGUAACUUUGGAGAGCUGAAGCUAGGUAAAAACCUCUACACCAAUGAGUAUGUUGCAAUAAAAUUGGAACCAAUAAAGUCAAGGGCACCACAGCUGCAUUUGGAGUACCGGUUUUACAAAACAUUAGGCAGCACAGCGGAGGGUCUUCCUCAGGUCUUCUACUUUGGGCCGUGUGGGAAAUACAAUGCCAUGGUGUUAGAGCUGCUGGGCCCCAGUCUAGAAGACCUCUUUGACCUCUGUGACAGGACCUUCUCUCUCAAGACAGUCUUAAUGAUGGCUAUUCAGCUGCUCUCACGGAUGGAGUACGUCCACUCCAAGAACCUCAUCUACCGAGACGUGAAGCCCGAGAACUUCCUCAUCGGGCGGCAGGGGCACAAGCAGGAGCACAUCAUCCACAUCAUCGACUUUGGCCUGGCUAAAGAGUACAUUGAUCCCGAGACCAAAAAACACAUUCCGUACAGGGAGCACAAGAGCCUCACAGGGACCGCCCGCUACAUGUCUAUCAACACCCACUUGGGAAAAGAGCAAAGUCGACGGGAUGACCUGGAAGCCCUGGGCCACAUGUUCAUGUAUUUCCUACGAGGGAGUCUGCCGUGGCAAGGACUCAAGGCUGACACCCUGAAGGAGCGAUACCAGAAGAUUGGCGACACCAAGCGCAACACUCCCAUCGAGGUCCUCUGUGAAAGCUUUCCAGAAGAGAUGGCCACGUACCUGCGCUACGUGCGGCGGUUGGACUUCUUCGAGAAGCCCGACUACGAGUAUUUGAGGACUCUGUUCACCGAGCUGCUUGAGCGCAAAGGAUACACUUUUGACUACACCUACGACUGGGAUGGCAGACCGAUUCCUACUCCAGUGGGGUCUGUCAACGUGGACUCGGGUGCGUCUGCCAUCACAAGAGAGAGCCACGCUAACAGAGACCGGCCCUCUCAGCAACAACCCCUACGGAACCAGAUGGCAGCAUCAGACCGCAGAGGAGCAUGGGAUGCACAGCCACACCGACAGACAAAUUCCUCCUACCUGAGCAGCUCCCACCUGGCUGCAGACAGGCAUGGGGGCUCUGUGCAGGUGGUAACCUCCACCAAUGGGGACCUGAAUACAGACGAUCCAAUGACGGCCCAUUCCAACGCACCUAUCACAGCGCAGGCCGAGGUGGAGGUGGUGGAAGAGGCCAACUGCGUGAAAAUGCUCAACCUGUGGUGCUGUUGCUUCUUCAAGCGAAAACGGAAGAAGAACACUCCACGGCAGAAAUGAGCUCCUGCUACUCUGUCCGAUGUCACUGAGCGGGUUUGGUUUGAAGGAAACUAAUUAAGGGACAUUUCCAGUUGGGAGAGAGACUUUUUAUUACGAGAGAUAUGCGAUUCUUAAUGACCCGGACCUACUGAAUGACCUUCGCCAUAGAGACCUUUCUUUGAUMAUUUGACCACUGACCCUCCCUCUGGAUACCGGAGAACAUCUCUUAAUCUUCUUUUGCUCAAGUGGAGAUCAAAGUCGAAUAUCCCUCCCUCUCUUUGAGGGAGUGAGGAGACAAGUCUUGCAGUCUAUAGACGCCAUAUUUUUUCUGUCUCACGUCUCUCUCUCGCGCUCUCUCUCUCCCCAUUCGCCAAACCCUCUCACAUCCCCAGUAAAAGCAGGUAUUAAGCUGUC